AGGGCUUUAGAGAAGUUAUGUUAGAAGGUUGGACUAGAAAACACUAUGAUAAGGCUUUCACUUGCAAGUCGAACUUUACUGCGAUCUAGUUUCGUGAACGUAGCUCAAAUUCGAGCUUUUUCUGCUGUGAAACCUCAAGAUGGUAGAAAACGUUAUGCGCAGUGCCACAUGCGCAGAUGUCAUCCAGUGUGUCAAUAUAUGAUGACCUAACAACAACAGACUCUUCCAUGGGAAGAAAGUGGAUUUGUGGUUAUGAGAAUAUCAAAGAGCUUGAAGCGGCACCAGAGAAUGUGAAAAGAAUCUUCAGUCUUGAGAAUGCGAACAGGGUUGAGAAGAGAAAAGUUGAAGAACAAGAAGUGAAAAACAACUAUGAAGGCUACUCACAAAGAUCUGUUGCUGAACUGACUUUGAAGAUCAACACACUUGAAAGACACAUGAAAGAAAGGCCAAAAGAUAAACACAACAAAGUGUUUCUACACUGGCUGACAGACCAGCGUAAGAAAAAGCUGAAGCAUCUAAAAAACAAGGAUUUUCCAGGUUACCUUCAACUCCUUCAAGAGCUGAAUAUACCUGAGCUAGAAAGCCCUCAUAGCAAGUGGAAUAAGUACAAGUUUAGGAAAUUUAAGAUUGGUGUGGAAGUUAAGGAGAAGAGGAGCUUCCUGGACAGGAAAAUUAUCACUUGAGAAAAGACAUGUAUUUCACAGAGCACAGAAAUUAGCUCAUGCCGAGAAAAAAAGUUGGGUACAGUUAAAACCUUACACCUAGUACAGUAAAAAAACCUGUAGCCUAGAAUAAGCACCCUCAAAGUAAGAACCAUUCAAGGCCAAAGAAACUGUUUCUUAUAUUAAAUAAAUUGAUCGUGGAAAGA